UUCUCAAAGAAUAUCAAGAAAACUUCAAUUUAUCAGCUGGCUAUACUAUAUCCCCAAACGCUCAAUCUUCAAAGUGAUAUCAAGACUGCUGCACAAUCAAAAACCAAACAUUGAGAUUAGGUCUGACACCUGGCCAAGAUGACAUCACCUCUGUCAGAUGGCACUGGUUUCUCUCAAGCUUUAGCAAUCUGGAGAGAUAUCAAUCUUACCACACUUCAAAAAACACUAGAUGCAUCAGGACUAGAGAUAGUUGAAAAUCAAAAGGAUAGUUUAAUGGGACGUAAAAAAUUAGCAGAGCAAACUCGAGAAUUUAAAAAGAUUUCGGAUGAGGAAAAAGUGGGAGCAUUUAAAGGUCUUUUGAAGGCAUAUCAGUCUGAAAUCGAUGCACUCACUAAGCGAUCCAAAACAUCCGAAUCAGCCUUUCUGAACAUUUACAAACUCUUGGCUGAGGCACCCGACCCAUAUCCCAUACUGGACGCAGCUGUUGACCAGACCGUUCGAGCAACAGAAGCUAAGCUACUAGAAUCCGAACUAGCGAGAGCCAAACAGGAAAUCAGUUCCCUAAAAACACAACUAGCUGAAUCUGAAAAGGUUGAUAAAGAAUUACAAAAACAGGUAGAGAAGACAGAAAGAUUAGAAAGUAAGAUGGAAGAAAUGGUCAAGACUCAAGUCUCAAGUAAAGAAGCAGAAUUAACCGCAGUUUAUGGUGAAAGGAUACUCAAUUUCCAACAACGAGAAAAGGAUUUGUCUAAACAAUUAGACCUCACCAAGCGACAAUUAACAGACCUUCGAACAAGUGACGAAUCGAAUCAGGCUAAGAUUCUAGAUGAUUUUUCACGACGAGAGUUUGAGACAGUCUCAAGACGUGUAGAGAUCGAGAUGGUCGAGGCUGACUUGGAACGUUCUCAAAGAAGAGUAGAAGAAGUUGAACGAAGGAAUGAGAAACUUAGAGCUGAGAUUGAAGUAGUUCGAAGUGGAAGUGAGGGACAAGAGCGAAUUCGAUCACUGGAAAGUCAGAUCACGGAACUUCAAACAGAAGCCACUAGAUUGUUAUCUACCUUGGAAACUCAAAAACAAAUCAUAUCUCAAACUAAGGAAGAAAAAGUUCAACAAGAGACUGAGUUUACUAAACGUAUUAAGAAGCUCGAAGACGAAAUUUCGACCCUACGGACAAAGACAGCGCAAUAUGCUGACUAUGAUGAAAUUAAGCGAGAGUUAGAGAUUAUCAAAUUUGUUGAAUUUGCUUCAUUGGAUCUUGAGGAGGAAGAUGAAAACUUUGGUUAUGGUGAUUCAAGCCCUGGAUCAUCUUCAUUUAAUCUUUCUAUCAAGAUGCCAAAUCCAAAUGCUGAUAAAGCAAACAAACAAAAAACCAAAUCCUUGGAAAACUUGCUCAUGGGUAAGAACCGAAAAUUACAGGACGAUCUUACAACGCUGAGGGUCAUGCAUGAUGAACUUUUAACCACCUCUCGUAAGAAUGCUAUUGAAGCUGAUAACCUGAGAGAAGAAUUGGAACAAACGAAGAUAUUGAAUGAUAAGUUGGAAAAUGAUCUGGUCAAGAUUCAGACUUCACAAGACACCAAAGGAUUUAAUGUUGAUGGCUCUACAACCGAAUCAAGUCAAGAUUCCAAAGGCAAAUCUACCGCCGGCCCCACCACAUCAGGAAAUGACAUGAAACUAUCAGCUGAAACGUCGAUCCUCCCGAUCAUCACCAGUCAACGUGAUCGAUUUCGACAAAGAAACUCAGAACUCGAAGAAGAGUUAAGAAAACAAUUUGACAUUAUCACCUCAACUAGAAAUGAAAUGAAAAGUUUACAAUCCGAUAAUUUGAAAUUAUAUGAAAAAGUUAGAUAUUUACAAAGUUAUAGAGAUGAUAGUGUUUCUGGAUCGAUCAUCACUGGUCCAUCUGGUUCUAGACUUACGAAUAAUACCUUACCUAGUGCAGUAAGUAGAAAGGAUGAAGAGUUGAGUAAGUAUAGGGGGAUUUAUGAGGAACAUAUGAAUCCAUUUGAAAAAUUCCGAGGAAGGGAACGGAUGGGUGCCCUACAAGCUCUAAAUCCACUGGAUAAGCUUGUACUACAUGUUGCCAACUUUGUUCUAGGUAAUCGAGUGGCCCGAAAUAUAUUCCUACUAUAUGCUGUCAUUCUUCAUGUUUUAAUCUUCAUGAGUUUCAGUGAGACAGCCUUGACGUCUGAUCACUUGAGACAAUGUGCAGCACCAUCGGUAGUUGAUAUGCCACAAGUAUCUGGGGAUGUAGCUGGAUGAGUUUAGUAUUUAAAGAUCCUUGUAACGCAUAUACUUUCUUUAUUCUUGGUGAUAAUCUAUUCCAUUUGUGUGAUGUGGUGUAUGUGAAGCGAAAUGUUCAAUUUUGACUUCCGGAUUUUGACUUC